UUAACAUAGCGUCGAAGGGCAAAGUUAUAUUUGCCUGAGACACACAUGCCAGGGACUGUUAAGGCCAUUCAGAUGUGUGCCAGUUGUUUGGCAGGAUCAUCUGGUAAGCACUGUGUUUUAUGCUUUAAACACAAAUUAAGACAAUGGCUGCCCUGAUUUAGCCACUUUGCUCACUUGCCCAGUAUAUCCAGCCCACACCUGUAGGAAAACCCCUCAUACUCGUGGAAAAAGUAAGGUUUAGGCAUGCAGGUAUGCAGAGCAUGAUGAGACACAUCAUACACAGUAAAGGCAGGUGAAAGAGUGACGCACAUCAACUUGUCAGCGAAGACUGCCUAAAUUCAAAUCAACUGCAUCAGGCAUUGUAGGAAUCGUAUUGUAGACGUACAGUGACAGUAUGUACAGUAUGAAAAGCACGGUGGCUCUUUUGUGAUACUCUCGUGUAAGACGGAAAAAUAUUCAUGUUGAUGUGGCGGCAAAUACAUAAAAAACCAUGUAAGAUAUUGAACUAUACGAGCUCUGCGGCUCCAGCUCUUUACAUACCGCCGCACGUCGGAUGGCGACGAGGUUUCUGUAGUAAAGUGACGUAAGAAUGUAUAAAUGUUGUAAUUACAUGUAAUAGUCCAUCAGGUGGCUCUGCCCAGUUUCCAAGGCUUUAGGAGUCAUCCGGAUGUUAUGGUGUUGGCGCCAGAAAGAUAUUGAGAAACCUGGAGAGAACUGGGGGGCAGCUGGAGGAAGGUGAUCAUUUAAAAUUCAAUCAAGAAAAUGCUUCUUAGUGUGGCAGGAAAGAGCAGGUGCUGUGAAGUACAAACAGAGCCGGGUCAGACUCCCGUGGGGUGUGUUGUACUGAAGACCCUACGUGCAGCACUAUAAUCUGGAGGACAUCAGGGGAGACGCACAGUGGGCAGAAACAGUGAUCCAAGCAGGUCCAAGCAGGUCCAAAAAGGGAUUAUCUGGGCACAGUCCGUGAUCCGAGAACCGGGAGAUCCAUCCAAGACAUAGACAGGGGCAAUAUCUUCGGGACCGGAGCCUAGACCAGGAACACGAAAAAUCAAACCUUAACGGGACCAGGUGCUCCGAGCCCAGGGGUCAGUGGUCAGGACGCCGGGGUGAAGGCCUACGCCCUCAGGCUGCCUCCCGGCCUGGUGGUAGGCGGGCCUUCGGUCGUCCGUCUUCCAGUGCUGAGCCCGGGAUUACAGAGACGCCCAGCUUACAUAGCACGAAAGAGACAAGACACAGCUGGGGAUAAAGAAACUGGAAUCAGUACCGAAGGAGGUACUGUUUGGCUGAAGAAGCUGGAGCUGUAGCGUGAAAGGAGAAGGCCCGAGUGAUGUCAUCUCAUCAGAGACGAGCGGGAGACUGGAAGUGACCCCUCCGCUAUCGGCUCAAGAAUCACAGAAGCCAGCCCUGUUGCCCUGGGGAUUAUGGGGCAUCAUCAGCUGCUAGGACCCAGCAGCCCCUCGGUGCAGGAGAUGAUGUAAUUGCCUGUUUAGCGAUGGCCGACCCCUUGCCCGGCACCAACGGGAGCCUGUCCAACAGAACCGCAGCCAGCCUGGGCAACGGCAGCGGCAGCUGGAAGCCCCGCUUCUCCGAUUACGACUGCCACCCUUCACUCUACAUGCUCCUGCUUCUCGUGGGCGGCUACGGCGUGGUGACCAUCGUGGGCCUCUUCGGCAACCUCUGCCUGAUCGCGAUCGUCAAGCGGCAGAAGGAAACGCACAACGUCACCAACAUCCUGAUCGCGAACCUGUCCGUGUCGGACGUGCUCAUCUGCGUCAUGUGUGUCCCUUUCACGGUGGUCUACACGCUAAUGGACCACUGGGUGUUCGGGGAGACCAUGUGCAAAGUCAGCUCCUUUGUGCAGUGCGUGUCGGUCUCCGUCUCCAGCUUCUCCCUGGUCCUGAUUGCCAUUGAGCGGUACCAGUUGAUCGUCAACCCCAGGGGCUGGAAGCCCAAUAUCUCCCACGCCUACUGGGGCAUCGCUUUCAUCUGGAUGGCUUCAGCCACCCUCUCCGUCCCUUUCCUCAUCUUCUACCACCUCACGGACGAGCCUUUCCGAGACAUCACCCUGCACUCCAGUUUCUACAAGGACAAGUACACCUGCAAAGACACCUGGCCCUCCGAGAGGGACCGGCUGGCCUUCACCACCUGCCUGCUGGCCGUGCAGUACUUCGCCCCGCUGGGCUUCAUCUUCGUGUGCUACCUGAAGAUCUUCGUGUGCCUGCGCCGCCGCAGCGGCCUGGUGGACCGGCUGCGGGAGAACGAGACGCGGCUGAGCGAGAGCAAGCGCAUCAACGCCAUGCUGGUGUCCAUCGUGGUGGCCUUCGCCAUCUGCUGGCUGCCCCUCAACAUCUUCAACAUCAUCUUCGACUGGAACCACGAGGCCCUGCCCAACUGCCACCACAACCUGGUCUUCACCCUCUGCCACCUCCUGGCCAUGAUCUCCACCUGCAUCAACCCCGUCUUCUACGGGUUCCUCAACAAGAACUUCCAGAAGGACCUCAACCUCAUGGUGCGCCACUGCAGGUGCGCCGCCACGCAGGAGGACUACGAGAACAUCGGCAUGUCCACCAUGCAGACGGACAUCUCCAAGGGGUCUCUGAAGCUGAACAACGCCAUGCCCAGCACCUAGUGGGCUGCCAACCGGAUUUCCUUUUCAUUCCUCACCCGGGAAAGCUCCUAGCUGUGCCAUUCUCCAGGCUGCUAACUUUUCCAUUUCGAAGCCUACGAGCACCGGAGGCAGCUGUAUUUCAAGCACUGUCUAAAGCUCUUGUUUGCCAAGGAGGUUGUGGCCAAAGCUAAGACUGGCUGCACAAGGUUCGCUUAGCUAAUUAGCCUAAAAAUUGGGGAAAAAGAUAUUGUAUGCUUCAAUAAACCGCUUCAAGGUCAGGUUGUCUUUGAUUUUAUAAUAUUCUUAGAUUUAUUUCUAGCUCUUCUUGAAUUGCUCUCUUUUUGUUGUUCUUAUCCACUAUACACGAUGAUUAAGUGACUCCAGUGCUCAACCGUAUUCAUUCUCAACCAUAUCAACAAUUUGAAAUUGGUUAAAAAGAUAAGAUGUCCUCUUUUAGCUGUGUGAUUUCCAUUGUAAGAUGUUUUAAUAUUUAUUAUUCUGGAAAACUGUGUUUUAUGUGCCUGGGCUGUGUGUGGGGGGAGAAUAAUCAUAAUUUUGAAUUAGUGUACAAGGUAACCCACUCAUACUGCAAGAAUGAACUUCUCAUUUCAAACUGAGCGUUUGGGUAAUCAUUUUACCACAAAUGGUUGUGGUUAUCAGAGAGCAUAGUGCAAGUUUAAUUUAUAAGUCUUAAUAUAACUCUGUCUUUAAUGUACUGGCUGCUUACUCGGACAGAUGAAAUGGGAUCCUUGACUGUUUCCUACUGUCGUUUAAGAUCUCGGAAAUGACUGAGUGUUUUAAAGGGGUGUAACUCCGUCACAGGAAUAUUCCUUCACCCUUGGAACUCUAAAGCAGUCUAUUUUCGGUUUUAAAUGAAAUUUUCUCUGUACACAUAGGACUGUGUUUCUUGUAUCAUCUAAAUAUUCGCAUAAGGCCUGAAAAGUGGGAGUAUAGCUAAAGUCCUCCAGGCACAGUCAGAUCAACUACUAAACCGGCUGUGUUUUGAUUCUUCGGAAAGAUAUUCAGACUGGUAAGUGAAAAUAAUCAAGGAGCUGUAAUUAGAUUGAUCUAAUGUAUCUGCUGGCAGAAUGCUUCUAGAGCUAUAUGUUUGUGCUUUUGUGUUCUAAAAGCAUCCUGCUAAGACACCAGUGGUCAGGUAGAGUACAUGGCCACCUGCCUCUUUUUCUAAAAUGACCAUAGAAUUGCUUUCCAGAAAAAAUGUUUUUACUUUCUGAUAAUGGGCAGAAGCUCAAAGAUGCCUUUUGAGAUGACAUUCUGGAGCUGUCUUUGAAUGUUACAGCUGGAACUGAUGCCAGCCAUCCGCAUUUGCUUUUCAUAUUGCGUUGUGUUUCUUGCCCGUUUCCAUUUCCCCUUAUGUGGUGCUAUUGCUUUUGUUGUUCUGAAAUCGAAAGUACUUUGAAACAGUUAAUGUUUAUGUACAUAAUUCGUAUGCUCUGGUUGUGCAGCUGUGAUAUACGUCAUUAAAAAAAAAUCAUCAGUCGAAAAGCCUGCCCUGGGACUUGUAGGUGUGAAGAUAACACGGAGACUUGUGCUUAGCACAAGGGCCUCCAGUCCUGCUCUUGAAGAAUGCAGGUUUUUUUUGUAACUCCACUCUUACUGACCUGAAGUAGCUCAUUAUUGGCUUAUCUGGACCUUUUUAACAAGUGCUCGUGGCUCUUCAGAAGUUGGUUAUUUAAAGAAACCUAGAAAUUCUGUAGAGUUGCCAGCUCACUGGGACAAGGAUAGCACAGUUCUGCUUCAGUGCCUUGACAGUCCUCCCUGCUGAUCUUCAAAGGGCUCAGAAACAUCACAGUUUUGACAUUUAAAUCACUGAUCAGUCUUUUAUUUUGUGUUCUAGCUGAUGACUUUAUAACGCCAGAGUGCAAAUAUCAAAUUGUCAUUUUACAUGUGUUUUUAAAAUGAGGAAGGCAACACAGAAUAUUCCAUUUAUAUUCAGUCACCAAGUCAACAUUUAUUAAAAUGUGGUGAGUGUUAGCUAACCUUAAAAUGAUAUACUGAAAAUCUCUAAAUGGAUGAAAAUGGAUUGUGUUAAGUCACAAAACUAGGAAAUACUUCAAAUGUUAUGAUGGUAGAUAACUACUUUAGUUCUAGUUGGAUAUAUGGGACAAAGAUCUGUUUUCUUGAAAAAUUCUUCAUUUUGUGUUUAUAAAUGUAUUUCUAUGUACCCUGCCAUUCUGUUUAAUAGAAGAUGUGAAUAUACUGGUUACCUUACAGUGUUUAACAGGUGUCUGUAAUUCAUAUUAAGUGACCAUAAAAAAGUGUGGCAUCAAUUCUUCUGUGACAAAUGGUGAAUCUUUAUCAAAGCACAUUUGUUCAAUGAGGAUAGUUUACAGUGUGACACUUUGCAUACAUUGCUUCACAGUGGCUUUUAAUACUGACAUAAAGAGUAAUCUAACUAUUGUAUGGUUACAAUUUUUUUGAUCAUUAUAAAUAGCAUAAUGAAACAUUGUGUAUUAGCUUAAAAAGGUGUAUAUACAGUAGUCUUAUUAAUUUGCUCUCUUUUUGUAUUCAAAUGCAUGUUGAGCUUAUAGAAAUUUGAAUAUUUUUAUGCGUUGCAUUUAUUGAAACUAUAUUGUUGAUAAAUAAUAUUUUUUGUUGAUUUUUUUUUAUCAGGAUGUUUAUUGUUCGAUAUAGAUAUUCUUUUUAAUGUGAUUGUAAUUUGAUCAAAAUGUAGUAUAUUUAAGUGUGAUUAAGUACUGACCAAAGCCUUCACCUAGGAUGUAUACAAUAAUUCAGAUAUUCUUAAUGGUUUUGGAAAGAAUAGCUUUAACUGUUAAGCAAAUUAAUUCC